CUCAAUCACGUGACGGUGUUUUCCAAGACGCGGUUCCGCGCUGUGUUAAGCUGGUCUCGGUCCGUCGCGUUUGGCAGGUAUCUCGUUGCACUUAAUCGGGGAGAUGGCUUGUGUGGAGCUGUGUCUUCUCUUGCUAGGAGUGCUGAGUGUCCAGGGAGCCCCAGAUUCAGAUGAGGUGAAGUUCCUCCCUGGACUGGACAAACAGCCCAGCUUCAGGCAGUAUUCGGGCUACCUGAAUGUGGCCGAAAGCAAGCACCUUCACUACUGGUUUGUGGAGGCCCAGCUCAACCCCUCCUCCAGCCCUGUGGUGCUCUGGCUGAACGGAGGCCCUGGAUGCAGCUCCUUGGACGGCUUCCUCACGGAGCACGGCCCCUUCCUGAUCCAGGAUGAUGGAAGCACCCUGAAGUACAAUCCUUAUUCCUGGAACAUGAUUGCCAACAUGCUAUAUCUGGAAUCCCCAGCAGGGGUCGGGUUUUCCUACUCAGACGACAAGAAUUACACGACCAAUGACACGGAGGUCUCCAUGAAUAACUACCUGGCUCUGAAGGCGUUCUUCCGGCUCUUUCCGGAGUUCAGCAAGAAUGAGUUCUUCAUCACAGGGGAGAGCUACGCGGGAAUCUACAUCCCGACGCUGGCUGAGCGGGUCAUGGAGGACAGCAGCAUCAACAUGCAGGGAAUCGCGGUCGGAAACGGACUGUCCAGCUACGAAAUGAACGACAACUCCUUGGUUUAUUUUGCUUACUACCAUGGACUCCUUGGAACCAGGCUCUGGACAGAUUUGCAGAACUUCUGCUGCUCUGAGGGGAAAUGCAACUUCUAUGACAACAAGGACCAGAAAUGCUGCUCAAAUCUGGAUGAAGUGCAGCACAUCGUUGAAAGCUCCGGACUGAAUAUCUAUAACCUGUAUGGACCGUGCGCAGGGGGGGUGCAAGGGAAAGUGAGCUAUGACAGAGACCACCUGGUUAUACACGACCUGGGGAAUCGCUUCAUCCAGCACUCGUGGAGCCGCAUGUGGAGGGAGAAAUUGAUGAAUGUGAACAGUCUUCACCGAUCUGUGAGGCUGGACCCUCCGUGCACAAACUCCACUGCCUCCACCACCUACCUGAACAACCAGUAUGUCAAGCAGGCUCUCCACAUCAGCCCCAGGGCUCUGGACUGGCUCAUCUGCAGUGCGGAAGUGAACCUGCAGUACAAACGCCUCUACAUGGACGUGAGGAAGCAGUAUCUCAAGCUGCUGGGCGCACUGAAGUACCGUGUGUUGGUGUACAAUGGGGAUGUGGACAUGGCCUGUAAUUUCCUGGAGGAAGCUGCCUGCCACCGCUUGCCGCUCCGUGCAGCUCUGUUUACAGCCUGCCCGCUUCUUAACAGGCAGCGAGACGGAGCAAGCAGGACUCGGGGGUUUGGAGCCAUGUCUGUGCUGUCCAGCCCCGCCCGCCUGUCUCGCACCAACACAGAGGUGAACCAGUUGCCGUGUACCUGCAUCUAA